CAAGUUAGAGUUUGGAAGGGUCGGAGUAGAUUUUAUUUUAUGAUUUAUUUUUGUUUGCUAAAACUAUUUUAUUUCUUAUUUUCAAUAUAGGCCAUGCUCAAGCAAGAUGAUGUCUGAUCAGUUUAGAAAAGUAGAACCAUAUUCACCUAAAUCCUCCCCGAGAGGAGCGAGGUCACCAGUCGUUUCUCGACAAGAUUCUUCUGGCACCCUCAAAACCACGAUUUCACUUGGGAAAAACCCAACCAUAGUUCACACCGGACCGUUCUACUUGAAUAUGAAAGAACCACCAGGAGAAUGUGAGCAGACCGGAGCUACAAACUUGAUGGCUUACCAUGGGCUGGAACAUUCAUACAGUAAGUUCAACGGGAAGAAACUGAAGGAAUCACUGUCGUCAUUUCUUCCGAAUCUGCCGGGCAUACUAGACGGACCAGGUCAGGAAGAUAACAGCACAUUGGGAUCGGUCAUCGCCAAGAGGCCUAUUGGUGGGAAGGAGCUCCUGCCGUUGACAAGUGCUCAGCUCGCAGGAUUUAGGUUGCACCCUGGUCCCCUGCCGGAACAGUACAGAUAUGUUAGUGCCACCCCACCGAAGCGCCACAAGAGUAAGCACAAGAAACACAAGCAUAAAGAUGGUGCACCACCCGGACAGGACACACCCCUACAAGAUUCCUCUAACCCUGAUAAUUACGAGAAGAAACACAAAAAGCAGAAGCGCCACGAUGAUGACAAAGAACGCAAAAAGAGGAAAAAGGAGAAGAAGAGGAAAAAACAGAAGCACAGCCCCGAGCAUGGCGGCCUCACCCCCAACCAACACCCCAUCCCCUAACUAUUUAACUAUAUUGUAUAGGCUAAGCUAAAUCAAAACCCCUUUAUUGUAGAUCUACACUUAUAACCAUGAGGCAUGACACAAAACUCAUACAACUUUUGUCAGUUAUUGAAGUUUUUAUGG